CCGCUUUCCCGUCCCAGGACGCGUUGCGCGGCCCGGGCCGGAAGUCCUCGAAUUCCCGGGUGUGUGUCUGUGUCUGGGUCUCGCGGCGGUGCCGCGGCGGUCAAGCGCUUUGGGGUCCGCGUCUGAAGCGACGCCGCUGUCACUGCCGCCACCAUACCGAGUCACUUCUAGAGGGACGGAGACCCGGCCCUUCGCCGGGUGGAGAAGAUGUUGCCCCUGUCCAUCAAGGAUGAUGAAUACAAACCACCCAAGUUCAAUCUGUUCGGCAAGAUCUCAGGCUGGUUUAGGUCCAUCCUGUCGGACAAGACAUCCCGGAACCUGUUUUUCUUCCUGUGCCUGAACCUCUCUUUCGCUUUUGUGGAACUACUCUACGGCAUCUGGAGCAACUGCCUAGGCUUGAUCUCCGACUCUUUCCACAUGUUCUUUGAUAGUACCGCCAUAUUGGCCGGAUUGGCAGCUUCUGUUAUUUCAAAGUGGAGAGAUAAUGAAGCUUUCUCUUAUGGGUAUGUUAGAGCAGAAGUCCUGGCUGGCUUUGUCAACGGGCUGUUUUUGAUCUUCACUGCUUUCUUUAUUUUCUCAGAAGGAGUUGAGAGAGCAUUGGCUCCUCCAGAUGUACACCACGAGAGACUGCUGCUUGUUUCAAUUCUUGGAUUUGUGGUAAACCUAGUAGGAAUAUUUGUUUUCAAUCAUGGAGGUCAUGGACAUUCUCAUGGCUCUGGCCAUGGACACAGUCAUUCCCUCUUUAAUGGUGCUCUAGAUCACAGCCAUGGCCACGAAGAUCAUUGCCAUAGUCACGAAGCCAAGCAUGGAGCCGCACACAGCCAUGACCAUGGCCAUGGGCACGGGCACGGGCACUCGCAUUCCCACGAUGGCCCAUCCUUCAAAGCAACGGCAGGACCCAGCAGACAGAUUUUACAAGGUGUAUUUUUACACAUUCUAGCGGAUACACUCGGGAGUAUUGGUGUAAUAGCCUCUGCCAUCAUGAUGCAGAAUUUCGGGUUGAUGAUAGCAGAUCCUAUCUGUUCGAUUCUCAUAGCCGUUCUUAUAGUUGUAAGUGUUAUUCCACUUUUAAGAGAGUCUAUUGGAAUAUUAAUGCAAAGAACUCCUCCCUCGUUGGAAAGCACGCUUCCCCAGUGCUAUCACAGGGUGCAGCAGUUACAAGGAGUUUACAACCUGCAAGAGCAGCACUUCUGGACGCUCUGUUCUGAUGUUUACGUCGGAACUUUGAAGCUCGUAGUAGCCCCUGAUGCUGACGCCAGGUGGAUCUUAAGCCAAACACAUAAUAUUUUUACUCAGGCUGGAGUGAGACAGCUUUACGUACAGAUUGACACUGCGGCAAUGUAGUCAAAGAAAGGAAAGUGAUUGAGGACCAAACUUUUCCAGUACAGUGCAACCCAUUGUACUAACCCAGCGCUCUGAAGCAGAGACUUGACCACUACAACUCGGAAGCCCCAAGGACGCAGGUGGCGCCCACCAUGUACUCGGUCGGUUGGUCGGUCGGUCGGGGUCACAGCGGACCCCACCCAGACUGUUGCCCGUGUGCUUUUCCCUUCAAGCCAUCCUGACUGCCGAGGUUUCGGGGUUCAUUCUAGGGUCUUGGGUUGUCUUUUCCCCGCUGGGGUUCUUGCUGAUCACUCUCACCCCAUCCCUGUCAUCCUGCCCAGCCGGUGAGAAAUUCAGACCGUGGGCCUCCAACCUUCUGAAUGUCCUCACUACAGCUGCUGGAAACCACUGCUUUUACUCCCAUAAAACCAGUGUUGUUUUUACAAAAAGAAGUCUGUUUUCUAUGUAAUGUCACAGUUGUUGACGUUCUUCAGUGUAAUCAUAUGUUUGUAAAAAUUGUUUGUACCUUGCAAACUUACGAACCAAACCAUAUUGGGUUUUCAAAGUGCCUUUGUAUCAGAAAUAUAUUUGCCAGCAUAGAAAUGUACCAUCAAAGGUCAUAUGUAUUUUUUUUAAUGGGUAUUCUGUAAUUUGUACAAAUUAAGACUUGCUAGUAACAUACAUAAUUGUCUGUGUACUUCCAACAUAGAUUUAAAUAUAUUAAAUUUUUGGUCUUGUGAAAAAUGACAUUAUUUUGCUUUAUAAAAAAAAUCCAGUUAUCACAUUGUUACUUUGUAGCCUAUUUUCAAAAACGCAAAUACAUUAGAAAAACUUUCUUUGAUGUAAACCAUCUGCUAAAUCACAGAUUUCUAUGGAAACUUUCACCUGUCUAUGGUAAAUUUCCCAGUAGCUCUCCUUGCCUGUUUAGAUUCUGUUAUUGACAAGAAAGAGCCCCUCAGGGUGGCAGAAAGAGAGGUCCAGUGCCAUCUUUGUAUCCUCUAGGGCCAACUAGCAGUGUGACUCUCUGGUUUUGUUUGCACAAAUACAAAUUACUUCCCGGAAGUCUAGGACAGCAUUUGAUUGAGGAUGAACUAUUAUCACUAGAGAACAAUUUGGUGACAAAAAAAUCUUUCCUCACGGGGGCGUCUUACACUGGUUGAUUUUUUUCCAGGGUCCUGAGUAUAUGAGAAGUGUAAUUGUGACAGGCAUGGUGAUCCUGAGUAUAUGAGAAGUGUAAUUGUGACAGGCAUGGUGAUCCACACAUUUAACUCCAGCACUUAGGAGGCAGAGUCAAGGGAUCUCUGUGAGUUCAAGGCCAGCCUCAUAUACUUAGUGAGCUCCAGGACAGCCAGGGCUUCAAACAGAGACCCUGUCAUAAAUUACAAAUAAAUUGCAAUUUGAGAUGACAGGUGCUUAACACUCAAGUAUUCUUGGUGUUUUCUGAGGAUAAGCAAUUUGGGUGAACAUUUUCAAUUGUGUUUCACUUAUCCCAAUAAAUAUUUACUUUAGUUAAGUAAAAUUGAUAUUGUUAGCAAAAACUUAAAAACCUUGCCAUGCAAAAAUGUUAAGAGUGUGGAUCAAUGACAGGCACGUUAGCAGUAAGGUGGCAGAAUUUACUGCUGACAUGUGCCUGAGUUCUCAAGUACCUUCCUCCUAUUCCUGACCUACAGUUUAUGCAUUAGGAGAGCUACGUCACGCUCUGCAGCAGUAGACCACACACCACAGUGUCCGUGGCGCCCUUUUUGUAAAUCAAGCGGUAAUUUCGAAGCCUGUUUGCUUUUCUGUCAGGCAGUUGUAACGCUAAGAUUCCCUGCAGUAGAUGGUGUCUGAUUGAAACAAGUGCUGUGGUCUCUGAGGAAGGUAAAUGCAAACAGAACCGUGCUGAUGCUGUCCUCCUUCUCAUUUCCGUUCUGACACACCCCAGGAUACUCUCCGGCUUGGGCAGACUGCUGAAAAUGAAGGUCUAGAUGAAGGCAGAGCCUCUAGAUGUGAGUGAGCCUUUACAAGCUAACCCCAGCAACUGUUGACGUUGUAUAUGUGGAGUCAGCUAUGCUGCCUCUGAAGUUUACCAAAUCUGCUUUCCCCUGGGCUCUUAGUUCUAAGUAACGUGUUUGUCAAAAAGCCUCAGUGUGUUUAAGGAGGCCCUCCGUGCAGUACACAAAGCCAUGAGUGCUGCUGGACCUUCGAUGAGGCGUAGAAUAUGUCUGAUGUGAAACUAAUUUUGCACUUUGUUCCAAGAGCUUGCCAUUUAUCAGGUUGGCUUUGACAUUUUUUGCUUAAUUAAAUGUUGGCAUACCUGUGUGUAUUUAAAAAAAAAUGUGAAUAGAAACACUUAAAAAAAAAAAAAGCUUGUCUUUUAGCAUUCUCGAUAUAGAUGGAUUACUAGCAGGUGGUUUUACUAAGAAAAACUGUCUGGUUAUGGUAAUAAAAUAAAUUUCAAAUACUCUUAACAUUAGGCUAAUAUUAUUACCAAACAAAAAGCCAAUGUGGGUGUAUAGUUCCCAGUCUAUGAAUAACCAAAGUUUUUUUUUUUCUCUGAAUAACAAACCUACGUUGUUCAGGGAAAGUUUACCUUACCAGAUAAACAUCCCCAACUGGUAUAUUUUUAAAAAUCUAUUGUACUACUUGAUGAAGAACUUGACCUAAGUCCAACUUCCUCAUUUUGAAGCCUCCCUGUCUGUCUUUCUUAAGGACAGUAUCUAGCAUACGUAGGCUAGUUUUCCCUCUCUGUCACCACCCUCUUCUGUAGUGGCGGCAUAAAAACAUGGCCACAGAUGUCAUUUUGAUUUCUCCUUAUCUAGAUAGUUAAGAGCCUACAAAUAUGUACUAGGAACCAAAAUACUGUGACAUCAGUGUGCCUCUAUAGAGCAGCCAAAUCGCUAACCCACAAUGUAGCUGAUCAGAACCGUCAUGAUUUUACAGAUGGUAGCGUCGGAGCCAGCCUGGGGUGGGAUGCUGGGAUUUAGGAGUACUGCAUUGCUUAUGAUAGAACUUCACACCUACACACAGACUGCUGGGAGCGAUCUGCCUCUACCUCUCACUUGCAGAUGAGAGACCUCAAGUCCAGAAAAGCUGUCAUUUCCUACAGGGAUCAGUGGUGGCAAAGCCAAGGCUCAAGUGGAACAUCCAAUCGAGAGUUCUUUACACUGUACUGUGCUGCUCCCCGGUGAGGCAUUGCCGUUCUGUAAAUGUGACUAAAUGUGGCUUGUAAAUAAAGAACUCUGACCUCUA